GGGGUUGGACAGCCCCGGCGGGACGCCCCGAGUGGCGGUUGUUUCAAGAUGGCGGACGUGGCGGGCCCCUCCCGACCUAGCGCGGCGGCGUUCUGGAGCCGCGACUUUUCUGAUGAAGAACAGUCAGUAGUGUAUGUUCCAGGAAUUUCUACAGAAGGAAAUAUCAGAUCAAGACACAAGAUGGUGAAUCCAAAAGCUGAUGUUAAACUUAAGACUUCCAGGGUGACUGCUACUUCUGUCUCCAUGGAGUCUUUAAAAGGUGCAGGAGAUUCAGUAGAUGAACAGAAUUUCUGCAGGGAAGGAAUAAAGAGUGCAUCAUUGAAGGAUUUAUGUCUUGAAGACAAAAGACGCAUUGCAAACUUAAUUAAAGAACUGGCCAGAGUAAGUGAGGAAAAGGAAGUAACAGAAGAAAGACUCAAAGCUGAGCAGGAAUCAUUUGAGAAGAAGAUCAGGCAGUUGGAAGAACAGAAUGAGCUGAUCAUAAAAGAAAGGGAAGCUCUUCAGCUACAGUAUAAAGAAUGCCAAGAACUUCUAAGCCUCUAUCAGAAAUAUCUAUCAGAACAGCAGGAGAAGCUCACUGUGUCUCUCUCAGAACUUGGUGCUGCUAAAAUUCAGGAACAACAGGUAUCCAAUAGGAAAAGCACUCUCUGGUCUUCGUCUGUGGGACUGGAUGGUUCCUACUUGAGUGUAGCCAAACCACAAACCCACACUCAAACCAAGCAAAGGCCUAAAUCUGCAAAUCAGGACUCAGCUUCAGAAUCCCUUGCGGAAUUUAGGAAUAAUUCUUUGAAACCAGCAGCCCUUCAUUAUCCCAAAGAGGAUAUGGACAACGUGCCAUCAGAGACCAGAACAUGUAAUUAUGGAUCCCCAGGGAAAAAACUAGUAGAUGCAGUCCCUACAGAGAAAGUUCCACCAGAGGAACUGAAGAUGAAGGAAUGCCAACACCUUAAGGCUACUCCAUCUAGUCAGUGUUGUGGUCGUAGACUUUCUGAAAAUGCGGAUCAUGUUCGUGAGAGCCAUCCGACAAACAUGGCCCCUCAAUAUUCCAAGACACAUCUGGAAUCAUGCAGGUAUUGUGGGCUUUUCUGGGCAUCUCUGAUGCGUGGCCAAGGGGCACUGCAGCCUAGUGAAACUGAUGUCAAAAAGCAACUCUCAGAAGAUAGAAGGCAGCAACUCAUGCUUCAGAAAAUGGAGCUGGAAAUUGAAAAGGAACGCCUUCAGCAUCUACUGGCCCAGCAGGAGACAAAACUACUCCUAAAACAGCAGCAGCUUCAUCAGUCUCGACUGGACUAUAACUGGUUAAGAACUCAAGCUGUAUUUAAGUCAAGAGAACUGGUUGCUAAUAAAGACAUUACUAAACCCCAAGAGCUCAGUCUGGAUAUGAAUGAGAGUGGCUCUGGACCAAGGUUAUUGAAGUCAAAAUGUGAUGGCUGGACGCUUGGAACAUCAUCAUCCAGCAAAAAGUACCAAGACUCCACUAACAAUGGAGAGAAUAGAAGGGAGAAGAAGACAGUUGGGUUUCAGUCACACAUGGAAGAUGAUGCCCUGUGGACAGGUCAAAGGAAAGAUGCAUAUCAACCCCAAAGAGGGACAAUGGCAGAAGUUAGAAAAGAUGUGUCCACAUCUCCUAUGACAACAGGAAGCCAAAAGGAGCUUGUAAUCACAACCACAGCAUCAUUGCAACAUGACACCCCCCGGUAUGAGACAUCUCUAUUGGAUUUGGUUCAAUCUCUGAGUCCCAAGACUGCUUCCAAACCGCGGCCCCAUCGCUCCAGAGAAGCUGGGUCAUGGCAUCACAGUACUUGCCUACUCAGUCCUCUAAAGUCAACCUGGAACAAGACCAGAGCAGGCAGGACCCCUGAAGACCUGGAGGAGGAUCAAAUUCUGGAAGAUAUCUUUUUCAUUUGACACUGAAGCACAUGCUGCAAAAUUUCCGUCAGAAAUGAGUGGGUGUUUUUAUAUACUGAUCCGGGAUUUUAAAUUAUUUGACUGCAACGUAAUUGUGUCUCUCCUUUCACAGGGAGGGACCUAUCUCACUAGCAUCCUGUUACGUGUCGAAUAUAGAAAUCAUUCUAACCACCCAGGGUGUUUCUGAUCAGACCAAUCAGUAGAUAACACAUUAAGGACGGAUCGGGGAUGGAGGACAGUAGCUUUUCUAUGCCAAGCAGAGAUUAGAACAUUAACAUAGGACACUUUCUGCAUGGCAGAGGCCUUUGCAUACUCAGCCUCAUUCAAGAGUGUUUCCUUCUCAAUAUUUUGCUGGAAAAGGUUGGCUCUCUUUUGUACAUAAGGAAAACCUUUCCAUUGAGAGAUCCCUCUAGUUUAAACGUAGCCCCUUUGUAACAUAAGCAAUUUCAGAAAGAUAGACCCUUUUACCUCUCCACCCUGUUUUCUUACCACCUACCUCUUUCUAAGUCAGUCAGUUAAUUCUGAGGUUAGAGUUGGUGGUGCCCCUCCCAUCAUAAGCAACACUGAGGGCCAACUGUGAGUCAGUCUCAGCAGUCAUCAGCCUGGCUGCUGCCCACCCUAUAACCAAAAGGGCUUAAUGAGCUAGAGGGAGGCCCUCCCAACCCUUAGAAACCAGCAUUAGAUUACACAAGCGAGUACUGCCCUAAGGGAGGCACUGGCCUGAAAUGCUUGUCCUAUGGUCGGCCAUUUCCCAGGAUAAAUAAGAGCACUCUCUCAGUAUUUUUCCUUGCCCCAAGUGUCUGUUUUAUUCACCCUGGUGAACUUCCCAUCAGCUGCUACAGGCUGACAGACUUCCCCUGGCCUCCCCUCUCUCCCCAUGUGGAGUCAAGGCCCCAACUGACCAGGCCUUGCACGUGCUCUGCUCAUAAUGUUCCACCACCCCACGCAGAGUCUCCCCCUUUCUCCCACUGGGCCUCACAGAGAAAGCCUGUGGAAGAAGUACACUCGAGACGUACUCUCUCUGCUCUCCUGUUCGGCAGAGCUCUUGAGAUGGGUCCCUCAGCUUACAGUGGACUCUAGUGGCCUCCCAAGCUUAUGGGCAGUAUGAUGAGCCUGGUGGAGCCAGUGAGUUUAAAACUCUCCAGUCAUUGGAAGCCAGGGGAAGAUAUGCAUUACUUGAUGACUUUAAUUGGUAUGGAGCGUGUUGUUUUUUUCUCUCUCCCUUUCACCAACCCCUGGCCUGAACUGAGACUAAGCCUGUCAGUCAUUAUUGGUAGCUAAUGUCAGACCAUGCAGGGCAGCCUGCACUUAGUGAGACUGCAUGGCUUCCCUGAAGUCUUUAUCAAAACUAGAUUAUUUCAGGGCUUCCCUGGUGGCACAGUGGUUGAGUCCGCCUGCCGAUGCAGGGGACAUGGGUUCAUGCCCUGGUCCGGGAAGAUCCCACAUGCCGUGGAGCAGCUAGGCCCGUGAGCCAUGGCUGCUGAGCCUGUGUGUCCGGAUCCUGUGCUCCACAACGGGAGAGGCCACAACAGUGAGAGGCCUGCGUACCGCAAAAAAAAAAAAAAAAAACCUAGAUUAUUUCAGGCUACCAAAGCCUUCUGGAGCAACUUCCUUGUCUGGGUAAAUCCAAAUCUCAUUGUCUCUUCAGACCGAGGCCCUGUCACCUCCGCCCAACCUCCCUUCACUUGAGUCUUUUUGUUCUUUGGAGGAGAGAAGAAUAUAGCCUACCAAUACCAUAUUCUUAAUCUGAGGUAAAUAUCAGGUCGGGACAAACCAGUUGUAGUCAUUCAGUUGAAAGGUUGAAAAUUAUUGCAGAUUACAAUUUCCUCUUAAAGUUCACCCCUAAGAAAGUAACUGAAUCAGUUUCUUCCCAUUCCAGAAGCCUUUGGAAUGUAGAGCUUUCUUUGGUGUGGCCAAAAACUGGGUGAAAACAAACAGAGAGCCCUUGACCAUUUUCUCAGUUAAAGUUAGGUUUCCAGAGCUAUCUUUUCCUUGCCCCACGUGUCAUGACCACCUUAAGUACACCCAGCUCCCUCGGAUCAUCCAUAACCACACUUUCCUAUUCUGGACACCAGUGUCCUUACUGCUCUCUGGAGUAAGAGGAUGCCAGAAAGACCAAGAAAAGGAUUGUGAUUUCUUCAAGAAGCUUAUUUGCCUUUAGAACAGUCAUAAACAGGACCUAAACUAAAGGCUUUGGUGGGGGGGUCACAAGCCACAAAAUGGAGUUUAAUUGCUUCUUUACCUCUCCUGAAUGAGCAAUUUGGAAGAGCAAAGAUGGAUUUUCAGCAGAGCAUCAAUCAACCUAUUUUUCAUAUGCCACAUUCCCCGCCCCCACCAGUUGCCUUUCUCUAUCCUGUAGGCAUUUCCUGGUCGUCAGGGCAAUAGGAUGUGAAUUUGUGUCUAGUCUAACAUCUUCAUUAUGAAUUGAACAAUAUAUGUUAACAUUUUAAUCUGUGUCUCACUUUGAAAUCUAUAUAUAUAUGU